AUGCCCGGCCUUAACCCGAGACAGGAGGACAUCGACCAGUUCGUCGCUAUCACCCAGGCAUCGCCGGCUGAUGCCGAGCGCUUCUUAACAGAAGGUGUCACUCUGGAAGGUGCCAUCGAGGACUACUUUGCCGCCCAGACUGCGGGCGGCGCUCCUCCUGCUGCCAACCAGGAUGAGGAGGAUGAGCUGGAUGCAGCGCUGGAGGCCUCUGCCGCGGAAGGAGGCGCCCGCACACUCGACGGACGCCCCGCUGAGGCUCUUCCUGAGGAGUGGAGGAACCGCGGUGCCGGUCGCUUUGCUUCCCUUUCAGACAUGCUCUUGCCAGAUCUGACAGGCAGCGGCGGACCCCCCUCCGAGCCUGAAACAACCGCUGCGCCCUCGCGGGCUUUCCGCGGUGCCGGCAACACUUUGGGGUCUGAGGACACUCCAUCCGUUACUGUUGGCGGGGGCGGCGGUCCUCAGCGCAUUCCUGGAGCGUUCGGUGAUGAUGAUGACGAGGAAGAGGAGGAGCUGGAGACAGCCCAGCGCCGCCUUAUCUUCUGGCGCGACGGCUUCAGCAUCGAGGACGGCGAACUGUACCGCUACGAUGAGCCGCGUAACCAGGAGCUGUUGCAGGCGAUCCAUGCUGGUCGUGCGCCUCUCUCCCUGUUCGACGUUCAGUUCAACCAACCUUUGCAGCUUGUCGUUGAGCAGCGCACCGACGAAGAGUACCAGCCCCCUCCCAAGAAGCCCAUGAAGGCGUUCAGCGGCGGUGGAAACCGUCUCGGCUCCGCGGACGACGAACCGGCAGCGUCUUCCUCGACGACAGCCGCUGCCACCGCCGGCCCUGCUGCCAACGCUUCAGCUCCCGCGCCUGCAACCGAGAUCAAGGUCGACCCCGGCAAGCCCUCUACGAACGUCCAACUUCGCCUCGGCGAUGGUCUCGUUGCUCGCGUCAACCUCGAUCACACUGUUGCUGAUCUUCGCGCAUUCGUCGCAGGCUCUCGUCCCGAUUCUCGACCUUUCGUGCUGCAGACGACCUUCCCUUCGCGCGAGCUGCCCGAUUCGGAGACGGUUGAGCAGGCUAAGCUGCAGAAUGCUGUUGUCGUGCAGCGCUUCACGUAG